AUUUAAAAAAGACAUCAACGUCUGUAAAUGCUUGGUUGGUAAGUGUAGGCCUAUACUUGUUCACUAUAGUACUUCCCACAAAUCUAAAAGCAGGAUCAGUGGAAUUUGGGGAUAGUAGGAGAUUCCAGCAUUUUUCUUAGGCUACUCGUCAUGUUUCAUUGUCAUGGCUGUCAUCCCAUUUCUGACACCAGUGUAGCAAACAACAAACUCGGUUCUUGGCGUGAAAGGCAAACACCCUAUCGGACCAAUCAUAGAAGUAUAUAUGUAGCCAAAUCAACGCCAGCCUGGACCAGACCUAAUCUAAACAGAUCAUAGCCGUCUGUUGACGUUGAAAUCAAGGCCAGUCCGGACCGCAGCAAAAAAAUAUAUAUAAAUACCACUGGUCCAGACAGGACCAGAAAAAACGACGUCCAAAUGACAUUGCCUGACGGUAAAUGUUUUGCUAGUAUGUAGCCUACUAGGUUAGGGAAUGCAGCAGAGGUGUGGUACUGGAACGCAUGCCAUUGUCAUAUUUCGCACAUUUACUGGACUGAUACAAAGUCUAGAGAUGGCACAUGAUGUCCCCUCAAUUCUUCAUCUGUUGCAAUUGUGUGCGAUUUAAUAAGUGAUACAAUGUACAGAAUUUCUUGUAUCAAAAGUCCACGAAUGAAUAGACCGCGAUAGUUCGAAGUUGCUCCGAAACAACUGAUAAAUUAUCUGUUUAUCGGACCCCCAAUCUUGAGAUGAACUAUCGACAGCUAAAACGCAGAUCUGACUUGAGAUCAGAUUUCACUGAGCGUUGAUGAAUCCGGGAUAUGCCCCUCCCUCGAGGUCGUCCCAGCCUCAUUCUGAUCAGUUGAAUCAUCACUUCCCGUACAGAGUGCAGUUUUUUGGCAUAGCAGUAAUGUAAUUUUGCUGCCUUUUUUCCACUUGUUAUUAAGUCUGUGCCAAUACAAGCUGCUCACCAAGGCUGUCCUUUUAUGAGAGAAUACGACAGAAGGUGGUCUACCCCUCCCCAUUCGACUGUAAGCCAAUGGAGGGCGUCUGAGAGCUACUCUUUGCUGUUUCACUCAGGCGUGAAAGAGAAGCAGGGAGUGCAGAGAUGGCUCUCAGAAAAGGAUCUUCUGUUGCCCUCUCCGGGUGGCCAUCUGAAGUGCAGAUGAACCCAGCUUAUGUCCCUGGCCUGGAGGUAAAGCUGGGAGCACUGGUUGUUCUUUUCUCCAUCACACUGGUCUGUGGCUUCGCCCCUUUGUGCUUAGUCAGGGGGGCAGGGAGGUGCAAUGUAGACCCAGAAACGCGUCACAAGGUAGUGAGCUUGGUGAGCUGCUUCGCUGGAGGAGUGUUCUUUGCUACUUGCCUUCUGGACCUGGUGCCUGACUACCUAUCUGGGAUCAAUGAAGCAUUUAGUAGCCUGGGCAUCACACUUCAGUUCCCUCUACCUGAGUUUAUCAUAGCCAUGGGCUUCUUCUUGGUCCUGGUGCUGGAGCAAAUAGUCUUGGCCCUCAAAGACCGAUCGGCGGGCCACUCUGAAGAAAGACGCGCACUAUUGGUGGACUCCAGCGUCCAAUCACAUGACAGARWUGGCCRGAGAYACUCCCACCACUCCCAUGGUAGGGAGGAAYUAGGGGGAGAGGAUGCCYACUUYCAUGUGGACUUUAACUCYACCUCGKCCAUCCGGGCCUUCAUUCUAGUAUUUUCCUUAUCUCUGCACUCAGUGUUCGAGGGCCUGGCUGUGGGGUUACAGGAGGACAGUCAAGAGGUGCUGGAGAUCUGUGUUGCUCUACUCCUCCACAAGAGCAUCAUCUCUUUCAGUCUAGCCCUAAAGCUGGCCCAGGGCAAGCUGCGGCGGGCAGCCGUGGUAGGUUGCCUCCUGCUCUUUGCCCUCAUGUCCCCAAUGGGCAUUGGGCUGGGCAUUGCCCUCACCGAGACCAAGUCAUCCCCCCAGCACCAGCUGGCCAGGUCCACCUUAGAAGGCCUGGCGUCUGGCACCUUUAUGUAUAUCACCUUCAUGGAGAUCCUGCCCCAUGAGCUAAGCUCCCCGCAGAACCGCAUCCCCAAGGUGGCCAUGAUUCUCACUGGGUUCGCAGUGGUCACUGGGAUGCUGUUCAUCAAAAUGUAAAUAUUCUGUAGAUCAAUCCUUUGGGUCUGAUUCGAUCAAAAACUGACAACCCUUCUGGGAGUUAAGACAAAAACAAAUUUCCUCUUGCGCCGUGAGAAUGCAAUUUGGACUGAUAAGCAUUAAACAAUGUUUACAGCAUGAGACCAAAAGAUACUCAAGCGUGUUAUUAAUUCAAACAAGUUUUCUUAAGGUGCAGGGAGAAUGCUGGUUUGCCUUACACUGGAAACUUGAUUCUUUUAGUUUUAAUAUGUAGAUGAAUGUUAUUCAUUCAGAUUUAAAAAAGGAUAUAUGCUAAUCCUGCCAUGCUUUGAAAUUAACAUCAUAUAACAUUUUCUAUUUUAGAUAUGAAAAUUUGAAUGUAUCUAUAUUUUUUAUAUUAACAAUAACAUACUUCACAAAUGGCUUUCUGUAUACCGUGAUGUGGUCAAAAUGACCUGAUUUUAAAAAAGGUAAUAUGAGCAUUAUAUAACUCCUGGUUUGAUAUUAUAGCAUACCUAAUGUUUUGCUGGCUGUGAAAUCUAACUAGCUGUGUCCUGAAUUGUACACACAUUUGUUUGUUCAGUAGUAUGACUGCCUAGCCCC